UCUCCACCACCAUUCCCCAAAUCGUCCCUCUGCUCUAUUAACUUCACGUCGAAACUUCUUGCUGCAAAACUGACAAUAUGGCGAUCUUUCGCUUGGUUUACAAAAAUCAAAUUCAGCACGUGUGUAAAGGUGCCAAACUUUAAUCGUGAAAAUAUGGGUGAUAACAGACAGGAGCAGACUUACGAUGGUCCCGCCGGUAUGCAGCCGGAUGGAGUGAUCGAAUCGAACUGGAACGAAACCGUCGAUAACUUUGACGACAUGGGCCUGAAGGAGCAACUGCUUCGCGGUAUCUAUGCGUACGGUUUCGAAAAACCGUCUGCCAUCCAGCAACGCGCUAUUAUGCCGUGCAUCAAGGGUCACGACGUCAUCGCUCAGGCCCAAUCUGGUACUGGUAAAACUGCAACGUUUUCCAUUGCGAUUUUGCAAAAGAUCGACACCAACAUUCCAGAAUGCCAAGCGCUGAUUCUGGCUCCUACUCGAGAACUGGCGACCCAAAUCCAAAAGGUCGUAAUCGCCCUUGGCGAUUACCUAAGUGCUCAAUGUCAUGCUUGCAUUGGUGGUACGAACGUACGCGAUGAUAUGCGUAAGCUGGAGAUGGGCUGCCACAUUGUGGUCGGUACUCCGGGUCGUGUGCACGACAUGAUUAGCCGUAAUUUCUUGCGCACCAACCACAUCAAGUUGUUUGUUCUUGAUGAAGCUGACGAGAUGUUGUCCCGUGGUUUCAAGGACCAGAUUCAGGACGUUUUCCGAAUGCUCCCAAUGGAUGUUCAGGUUAUUCUGUUGUCUGCUACAAUGCCGGCAGAAGUCUUGGAAGUCUCCACGCACUUCAUGCGUGAACCAAUAAAGAUUUUGGUCAAGAAGGAGGAAUUAACACUGGAAGGUAUUAAGCAGUUCUACAUUGAUGUGAAACAGGAAGGUUGGAAACUUGGUACGCUUUGCGAUCUGUAUGAUACGCUGUCCAUAACCCAGGCCGUAAUUUUUUGUAACACCCGCCGCAAGGUCGAUCAGUUGACUGCUGACAUGGCCGCUGAAAGUUUCACCGUGUCUUCCAUGCAUGGUGAUAUGGACCAGCGUGAUCGUGACUUAAUUAUGAAGCAGUUCCGUACUGGCUCGUCACGUGUCCUCAUUACCACGGAUCUACUCGCUCGUGGAAUCGACGUGCAGCAGGUUUCCCUAGUUAUUAAUUAUGAUCUACCAACGCUGCGAGAAAACUACAUCCACAGAAUCGGUCGAGGCGGACGUUUCGGCCGUAAAGGAGUUGCAAUUAACUUUGUUACUGAUGCUGACAAACGAGUGCUGACUGACAUUGAAAAACAUUACAAUACAACAAUAGAAGAAAUGCCAGCUAAUCUGGCUGAUAUGCUGUAAUUCCUACCAAACGUACAGCAAGUAAGAGAAACAACUUCAACAACAGCAGCAUAAUCAGUAUCAAGAUCAGCAUCAGCAACAACUAACGAACAUCAGCAAACCGAAUACGAUCAGGUGUCCGCGUAAAAAUCCUGUUGUCAGAUUAUACAGAAUCAUUUCGGAAAAAUAAAACAAUUACAUGUGUACUAAAGAAGCAAAUCAACAAUCAUCAUCAAGUUGAAUAAAUAACGAAAAGGCAACAAAACUAUUUAGACACAAAGUAAAGCAACCUACACCUUUAUCAACUCUAAAGAAACCUCCUAUUUUUCUAUUCUUUGUUCAAAUUCCUAUACCUUACAUAAAUGUAAACUCGAUAAGUGCUAGUUAGUGUCAGUUAACGCAGGUAAAAUUAUUGAAACUAUCGACGGCCGUGACCACUGUUUCGGGACCUCAUCUCGGCGAAUUAUGCGUCCGCACGAUAUUCGUAAGGCCAUGAUUGUUCGUCGGGAUGAGGGCCCGAAACAGUGCAGCAAAGCGAAUGUGGGAGCUACGAGGUGAAUCUAGCAUUAGUGAAAGUACUUUUAAGACAAAACUCCCAAACGCUAACAGUCAAACAUUAGACAAUGAUGUAAAGAAGUUGGAUGGAGCGGGUAACUGAACAACAUAGACGAAGUCAUUCGGCAAUUCCUGAAAUACUAUACGUCGUACCGCUCUUCCAAGUCUGGUUUUGAAUUUAAGCUUUUUCGGUUGUAAAUUUUUUGUUUAUCAAACAUGGAAUCAAUUAUGGAAGCGUCUGCAUAUAAUAAAUCAAUACAGCCUA